UCCCGGCAUGCCCUGCCACAGGUGCGCCUGCGUACAGGAGCUACCACGGCGGGUCGCGGGUAGUUUUAAGCCGUGGUUUUAGUUCUAUGGAAACCCGCCUGCCUGCUGGGGGACAGAUCCCCGGGUGGACGGUUGGACUGUGGGGUGUAUAUGGAAACUGCAAUGUCCAGGCCAGUCGUUUCUCCAACCCAUAUCAAUGCUACAACUUCUGAAACAUUCACAGUACUUCAGCAAAGGAUGAGACUAGUUGAGGAACAGACAAGUUCUCUGAGAGAUGACCUAAUAAUGUUUAACUUUGGUGAGAAAAGAAGCCAGUUGGAACCUCCAAAAGGUUUAGAAGAACCUAUGAGUCAGAGCAUCAUUAGUCCUAUCCAGAAUGAAGUAGUUCGUUUGGGAAAAACAGACAUUUUGUGGAGGAACUGUGAAUUUCUGGUAAAUCGAAUGUGCCAUCUGGAAAGCCUCAUCCAGUCCUUGAAGCUGAACAUCUUUCGUAUGCAAGCUGACAAGGAUUUGAAUCCACAGAAAACAGCUUUUCUGAAAGAUCGACUGAAUAUAAUACAGGAAGAACAUUCUAAGGACCUGAAGCUAUUGCAUCUUGAAGUAAUGAAUUUGCGCCAGCAGCUGAGAGAUGUAAAAGAGGAAGAAGACAAGGCACAAGAUGAAGUGCAAAGACUGACUGCCACUCUGGAGAUUGCUUCAGAGACAAAGAAGAAUGCAGCCAUUAUAGAAGAAGAACUGAAAUCCACAAAACGUAAAAUGAAUCUUAGAAUUCAGGAGCUAAGGAGACAACUGUCUCAGGAGAAGCACCUAAGGGAAUCUCUUGAGAAAUCUGGAUCAGCCAUGCUACUCAAAAUACAAGAAAUGGGAUCAGCAGUAGAGGGGGAAAGGAAACAGGUGCAAAUUUUGCAGCAAAAUUGCGUUGCCCUACGCAAUUCUAUACAGACCACCCAAGAACUACUGACACAGGAGCAACAAAAAAAAGGAGAGCUAGAAACAGCCACCUCACAGCUCAAGUCUGACCUAAUUUCUAGAGAUGACCUCAUUUCUAAGUUGGUUGACGAAAAUAAGAAUGUACAGAUGUCUUUCAACAAAGAAAAGGAAGAAAAUGCAUAUUUGAGGUCUGAAAUAAUAUCCCUUCAAGAAACAUCAGAAAAAGCACAGGUUUUGAAUGAUCAGCUGACUAAAAAGUGUACAGAACUGAACAGCAUGCUUCAGACUGUUAAUUUGGAAAAUGCCAGAAUCAUUGCUGACCAUCAAGCAAUUUUGCAGGUAAAACAAAAAAUGAUGACUCAGACAUUUCAAGAACAGAACUUACUACUGGAUGCAGCCCAUGCCAGUAUCACAAAUGAGCUACAGAUGGUUCAGAAUGAGAAAACCCAACUCCAAGCACAACUGGACCAUUUAAUCCUGGAACAUAACCAGUCUAUCCAAAAAGCACAGGAUGCCGAGAAGAGGACAACUGUGCAAAAAGAGCUCCUAGAGUUAACUAUUACAAGGUUGCGAGGUGAAUUGGAUGCAUCAGUGCAAGAGAAGAAAUCUCUACUAGAGGAGAAAGAAAAACUUCAGAAAGAGGUUAAUAAAGCAGAGAAAGAAAUAGCACAAGAAAAAUGCAAUCUGGAAAAGGAAUUGGCUAAAAAAAAGGUAGACAUCAAUAUGUUAACCCACAACUUGCAGACUCUAGAGGAAAAGAAUAAAAAACUGGAAGAUCAAAUGGCUUCUCUAGAACUUCAGCAAGUCACUUCUGACUACCAUGGGCUUGCCCAACAACAGGUUGAUAAAGUCUUAGGGAAAAUCACUGAAAGUAAAAAUAAGCUGGCCUAUGAAAAGGGACAACUCCAGAUAAAAGUGAAACAGCUAGAAGAACAACUACACUCUUUCACAGAAACCAGUUCACAGAAUGAUCAUCUACGCAAGUUAAAUAAGACUCUAGAAAGCCAAUAUGCUCAGGUGAAAUCUAUUCUUGAAAAGAAUGAAGAGGAGCUCUCACAAACAGUGAAGUGUCGUGAUGCAGCACUGAAAGAAAGCCAAAAGUUGAAAGGGGACCUGGAGGCUUUGGAGGACAGGGAGAACAAGAAGGUGGGAAAUUUUCAGCGUCAAUUGGCAGAAGCCAAAGAAGAUAACUGCAAAGUUACAAUCAUGUUGGAGAAUGUGCUGGCUUCUCACAGUAAAAUGCAAGGUGCCUUAGAAAAAGUGCAAAUAGAGCUUGGGCGGAGAGAUUCAGAGAUUGCAGGCCUCAAGAAAGAAAGGGCUCUGAAUCAACAGAGGGUGCAGAAACUAGAAGCAGAAGUGGACCAGUGGCAGGCCAGAAUGCUUGUUGUGGAUGCCCAGCACAGUAGUGAGAUGGAGCCUCUACAAAAUGCUCUUGAUGUGGCUAGAGAAGACAAUAGGAAAUUGGCUAUGAGUCUAGAGCAAGCUCUCCAGACAAAUCAUCAUCUGCAAACAAAACUUGAUCAUAUUCAAGAGAAACUGGAAAGCAAAGAAGUUGAGCGACAAAAUUUAGAAACCUUCAAAGAACGGAUGGCCGAGGAAUCCAAAAUAGAGGCAGAAUUGCAUGCUGAACGCAUAGAAAGUCUAAAAAAACAGUUUCAAACGGAAAGAGAAACUGUGAAGAAAGCAGCGCAAAGGGAAAUGGCUGAGCUGAAGAAAGCCCUUGAUGAAGCCAACUUCCGGUCAGUGGAGGUAUCACGGACCAACCGAGAACUGCGGCAAAAACUUACAGAGCUGGAGAAGACAGUGGACAGUAACAAAGAGAAAAUAAAAAAUCAAAAGGCUCAGAUUAAGCUUCACUUGUCAGCCAAGGCAAAUAAUGUGCAGAAUGUAGAGAGAAUGAAGCAAAUAGAAACAGAAUUGAGACAAAUGGAGCUAAUUAAGGAUCAAUAUCAGAAAAAAAACUAUGAACAGUCAUUGAGUAUUCAGAAAUUUGUAUCUGAAAUGACUAACCUGCAGAAGGAGAUGCAGCUAUUGGCUAAGAGCCAAUAUGAUACCUCAGCACGGAAUAAACAGCAAGAAUUGCGACUAGAGACAGAGCGGAAAAUAAGACAGGAACUAGAGACUCGGUGCCAGGAAUUAGAAGAAACUAUCAGACACUUGAGGAAAUGUAAAGAGGCAACAGAGAAUAAACUGAAAGAAGCCAGUGCAGAAUCAGAACAGAUAACAGCUAACCUGGAAGAAGCUCACCGCUGGUUUAAGUGCAGGUUUGAUGGCCUACAACUUGAGCUGACAAAAAAUCGGUUGCAGAGGCUUCCCCGGGAGGACAGGUGGUCAGAUGAGGACCAAGAUAAAAAGCAUGAUGUAAUGUCUGGCCAGUCUGCUCUACAUCGCUGGGAAAAUAAACAGAAUCUUAGACUUGCAUCCAAGAAAUACCAUUCUGAACUAGACAGAAAGUGA